AUGAAAAACAUCUUCCGAUCAGAUGCGUUGGCUCGUGCUCGAGUCAAUGAAACAGAUGAAGAGGAGGACCUCGAAGGUGUGCUUGCGCCUGCUCAAGUCGGGGAUGCGUCGGCUCGUGUUCAGGCAGUGGCAGCCAUUCUCAUCUUCUUGUGCGUGGGCAGCGACAUUGUUAUACAUCAAAAGGUUGACAGUUACUUGCUCCGGGUCUUGUUUCUUGUUGCUGUUCUUCUUGGUUCCCCUUUUGCCAGUGGUAAUGACAGAGGCAAUCUCAGCCAGUCUUCCAUUUCGAAGUCCUCUGUACUUACUCUGUUCUCCACCGACGGCAAGUCGAGCAACAAAUCUGCCCCCAUGGUUGCAGAUCCUGGUGCGGUGCCGGCGUCGGAGUCUGCCAAGGAAGGUAACCGCUUCAUUAGUCCUGACGUUAAACUUAGUAGAAAGCUCUUAGGCAGGUUUGAUCUCGCUGUUCUGUGUUGUGUGCUCUGGGGAAGGCGCAUUUGGUUCUUCUAUCCGUUUUGGAAGUUUAUUGAUCGUCUGAUUCCUCCGUUUGCCUGUGUCAAUGCGUCACACUUUCGCUCUCGCGUGCUCUGUCAAAGAGGAACUGAAGAAGUGCUGGUGAAUUCAAAGAAGCAGAAGAGAGAUGACUCUGAUUCUGUGGAAGAGGAGGAGAAGGCUGUUGAAAAGAAGCUGAAAGUUGAAAUGCGGAAACCUCUGACAAAGAAGGAAGAAACUAGUAGUUCAGAGGAUUAUUCCUCAGAUUCAUAUUCGGAAGAAGAAAAGAAAAUGGAAGCUGUUGCAAAGGAAUCAUCAAUUGAUGAAUCAGAAUCCGAUAGCCCUUCGGACAACGAAUCUGAAUCUGCGAAUGUUACUUCUCAAGACACAAAGGCACCAGCCAUGGCAUCUAAGACGGCUCCCAAGAAAGAUGAAUCUAGCGAUGAAAGUGGAAAGAAACCAAUUUCUGUAGUUCCCAAAAUGCUAGUAGAUUCUGAAGAAAAUGACUCCCAUUCUGAUGAGGAUGAAAGUGCUGAGAAACCAAUUUCUGCAGUUCCUAUAAUAAUAGUAGAUUCUGAAGAAAGUGACUCCGAUUCUGGUGAGGAUGAAAGUGCUGAGAAACCAGUUUCUGAUGAAAUUGGUAAGAAAUCAAUUUCUGCAGUUCCUAAAAUGAUAGUAGAUUCUGAAGAAAGUGAUUCCAGUUCUAAUGAGGAAGUUGUCGGUAAGAAUAGUGUUGAAAAACCAGCUAACAAUGUAUCAAAAAAAGAAUCAGGCAAGAGCAAUUCUGAAGAUGAGUCAGACAGCAGUUCGGAUGAUGAUCCGAAAACGCUUGCUACGUCUCAAAGUACGGGCUCAAAGACUGUCUUUGCUGGGAAGAAAACGACAUUCGAUGAUGACGAGUGA